AAUACCCCAUAACACAUAACAACCCCCUAAUCAACGUUCUCUGCACCUUAAACACCACCAACAUGUCCCUGCAGAGGGCCAAAAACGCCCGUGGAGAUCCUGGUCGGUGCAACCUAUGCUCUGCCGACUAUAGGGACCUCAAAGAUCAUCUCAAUAAACAACAUUCCACCCAUUUCUUCGUCCCCUCCGACCUCCGUGGCUCUUCCCUAGUCGCUUGCCCUCGCUGCGGCACCCCCUGCUCGGCUGGUACUGGUUUAUCUCGUCACCAGAGCCGGUAUUGUGGUCUCACUGCCCCUCGAAUCCGCCGAAAUCGCGUGGGAAACUCAACAAACACACCUCGCCGCCCUCCCUCAAAUACUGCAGCUUCACCCAUCGUUCUUUCGCCUUCCCCAGAUCGCCCAAGCCCCCCUCAGCCUGCUGAAGUUGUUGCCGGUCUCGAACCACUGUCUGAAGCCGAGGAGGUGCAGGAGGUCGCUCAGGUUGUUGCCGAGACUGUUGACACGCUGGAAGGGACCCGGAGAGCUCCGGAAUCCGUUCCGAGAUCUGCCGAGGAAAGUGGCGCGCGAGUUAGGGAGCUAAACAUGGCAGCGCCGGAGGAGGAGCAUCGUGGGGAGGAGGAGAGUAGUCAUACCAACCCAACUGCCCCAGCAGGGCUCGAGAACGCGGUGAGCUCAACGCUGGGGCCUUCCCCUGGGACGUUGCCUUCCUUACUUCCGUCCCAAGAGUGUGCUAACGAAAGAUUCCUGUACCUUGCGCACCUGCCUGUUCGGAGCAAGCCUCUGCCCAACAACCUAGUUACCGACUUCAUGGACGCCGCUGAGCGUUGUGCUCUUGCCUACAUUGCACAACCCUCGGACUCUACACUGCUGGCAUUUCUCGCCCUUCCAAAGGUCGGCCUCACCCAGGCGCUCGCUCCAGAACAGCCCCUCAGGCCGUCAACCUUCCUUAAGCAGUUCCCGCAUAUCCCCUGGCCAGAACAGCCACCCGCUCGUCGUCCUCCCAGCAAUAUUCGUCCAGACACCACCAAACAAGUCAUCAAACUCGUUGAGAAUGGGCGCCUAGGUGCGGCAGAGAGAGUGUUGGAGGAGGAUGCUUCAGUAGCCGAACUUGAUCAAGGGGUCAUCGACCAGCUCAUCGCCAAGCACCCCAAAGGGCCGUCUUGUCCAUUCGGCAAUGCAGUUGGUCCAACUCCUGGUAAAGCUCCCGACAUCGACACCAUCCAAAAGGCCCUCGACUCCUUCAAGCCCGACACAGCACCCGGCGUUAGUGGCUGGUCGGUCCCUCUCUUGAAGACGGCUGCCAAGAGGGAGCCAGUCAAGCAGUUUCUCCAACUCCUCUGCGCCGCCAUCGCCAACAACACCGCCCCUGGUCGCUCUAUGCUCCGCACUUCUCGUCUCAUCCCCUUGAAGAAGGACGAUGGCUCUAUCCGACCUAUCGCUGUUGGUGAACUUAUCUAUCGGCUGUGUGCGAAAGCUCUCAUCAUCUCGCAUUUCCAACCCGACUUCCUCCUCCCAUUCCAGCUUGGGGUCAAGUCAAUCGGUGGUGUAGAGCCGAUCGUGAGGCUGACAGAGAGAGUCUUGGAGGGUUCUGCCGGCGCUGAGUUCUCCUUUUUAGCCUCGCUCGAUGCUUCUAACGCUUUCAACCGUGUAGAUAGGGCCGAGAUGGCAGCGGCGGUCAAGACCCAUGCGCCGACGCUUUGGAGGACUUGCAAAUGGGCCUAUGGCGACUCGUCCGACCUUGUGUGUGGCGACAAAAUCCUUCAAUCCUCUCAAGGCGUUCGACAGGGUGACCCUUUCGGCCCUCUCUUCUUCUCGAUCACCCUCCGACCAACCUUGAAUGCCCUCAGCCAAUCGCUAGGUCCAUCUACGCAAGCGCUCGCUUAUCUCGAUGACAUCUACCUCUUCUCAAACGACUCGCAAGUCCUCAGCAAAACUACCCAAUUCCUCGCCGACAAGCAGCACAUCAUCAAGCUCAAUGAAAAGAAAUGCAAGUUAAUCAGCUUCGAUGAGAUCAGGCAGGAGGGCUUCAAGAUGCUAGGGACGAUGGUAGGAGGUAAGGAGAAGCGAGCGGAGUUUCUGGAAGGCAGGAUUCGGAAGGAAAUGGCAAAGGUGGGCAAGCUCAAGGAUCUUCCACAUCAACACGCGCUCCUUCUAUUACGUUUCUGCAUUCAGCAAAAUCUACGACACCUGCAGAGAAGUCUGCGCUCGGACGACCUUGUAGACCUAUGGGAGAGGCUGGACACGAUGCUAUGGGAGGAGGUGAAAAGGAUGAGGAUGAGGCAGCGGGAGGAUACGGCGGAAGAGGAGGCUCUAGGGAGAUCGUUGACGAAGCUACCAGCGCGACUGGGCGGACUAGGUCUACUUUCCUUCAAAGAUGUAGCCCCCCUUGCUUACCGCUCGGCAGCCGAGGCCUCCGACACUCUCCUCGACAACCUAGGUCUCCUUUCUUCGCCAGAGGAACCUCCAACACCGGUCCCCCAACGAACUCGAUGCGCAGAACUCUGGGAAUCGCAACAGGAAGCCAUUCUACGUAAUCUCGGCGACACUGAACGCAAGCGGCUCACCGAGAAUGCCUCCAGACUCGGCCGAAGUUGGUUAUCAGUCAUCCCUUACCUUCAGCCCCUGCGCCUUUCCAACGUCGAGAUUGCCUCGGGUCUCCACGACCGCACCCUGGUCGGCUCCUCGAUACCUGUCUGUCGCUUCUGUGGGUCGGACUCACCUUUGGGUCACGACGAGCUUUGCCGCGCCCGCAACCCCUGGACCCAGCGCCGGCACAAUGCCAUCAACCGCGUCAUCUAUCAACACCUCAAACAAAUCCAAGGUGCCACGGUUGAGAUUGAGCCCCACACGCUGUCGGGACAAAGGAGAAACGACCUUCGGGUCAGAGGUUCCAGCGCUCUGGCCUUCACUGACUACGACCUGAAGGUUUACUCCCUCGGGGACCGAGACGCGAGGAGCACAGCCACCCCAAGCACCCCCAACAGCAAGCUGGCCGAAUUCUGCUUGGACCGGUGCGUGAACUGGCUCGACAAGGUGGGUCAGGUCGUCUCGAAGAACGCUCCGAAAGUCACUGGUGGGGUCUUUAAACCGAUCAUCCUUUCCACUGGUGGCCUGAUGAGCAGGAGCACAGCAGACGAAUGGAAGGAGUGGAGGGAGGCGAUGCCGGUGGGGGGGUUCGAGAAAAUGGAGAAACGGAUUGGUGUCGAGUUAGUAAAGGCGAGGGCUAGGACGCUGGUCUUGUGAGGAAGAGGAGGUUGGAUUAUUUUUUCUUUUCUUUAAAAAGUUGUUUAUUUAAGUAGUUUCUUUAAUUCGGGCAACCCACACGACAACCCAAUAAAUUAAACAACGAAAAAUGCAACCUCUAUAACCCCUAAUGCAAGUUAAUCAGCUUCGAUGAGAUCAGGCAGGAGGGCUUCAAGAUGCUAGGGACGAUGGUAGGAGGUAAGGAGAAGCGAGCGGAGUUUCUGGAAGGCAGGAUUCGGAAGGAAAUGGCAAAGGUGGGCAAGCUCAAGGAUCUUCCACAUCAACACGCGCUCCUUCUAUUACGUUUCUGCAUUCAGCAAAAUCUACGACACCUGCAGAGAAGUCUGCGCUCGGACGACCUUGUAGACCUAUGGGAGAGGCUGGACACGAUGCUAUGGGAGGAGGUGAAAAGGAUGAGGAUGAGGCAGCGGGAGGAUACGGCGGAAGAGGAGGCUCUAGGGAGAUCGUUGACGAAGCUACCAGCGCGACUGGGCGGACUAGGUCUACUUUCCUUCAAAGAUGUAGCCCCCCUUGCUUACCGCUCGGCAGCCGAGGCCUCCGACACUCUCCUCGAUAACCUAGGUCUCCUUUCUUCGCCAGAGGAACCUCCAACACCGGUCCCCCAACGAACUCGAUGCGCAGAACUCUGGGAAUCGCAACAGGAAGCCAUUCUACGUAAUCUCGGCGACACUGAACGCAAGCGGCUCACCGAGAAUGCCUCCAGACUCGGCCGAAGUUGGUUAUCAGUCAUCCCUUACCUUCAGCCCCUGCGCCUUUCCAACGUCGAGAUUGCCUCGGGUCUCCACGACCGCACCCUGGUCGGCUCCUCGAUACCUGUCUGUCGCUUCUGUGGGUCGGACUCACCUUUGGGUCACGACGAGCUUUGCCGCGCCCGCAACCCCUGGACCCAGCGCCGGCACAAUGCCAUCAACCGCGUCAUCUAUCAACACCUCAAACAAAUCCAAGGUGCCACGGUUGAGAUUGAGCCCCACACGCUGUCGGGACAAAGGAGAAACGACCUUCGGGUCAGAGGUUCCAGCGCUCUGGCCUUCACUGACUACGACCUGAAGGUUUACUCCCUCGGGGACCGAGACGCGAGGAGCACAGCCACCCCAAGCACCCCCAACAGCAAGCUGGCCGAAUUCUGCUUGGACCGGUGCGUGAACUGGCUCGACAAGGUGGGUCAGGUCGUCUCGAAGAACGCUCCGAAAGUCACUGGUGGGGUCUUUAAACCGAUCAUCCUUUCCACUGGUGGCCUGAUGAGCAGGAGCACAGCAGACGAAUGGAAGGAGUGGAGGGAGGCGAUGCCGGUGGGGGGGUUCGAGAAAAUGGAGAAACGGAUUGGUGUCGAGUUAGUAAAGGCGAGGGCUAGGACGCUGGUCUUGUGAGGAAGAGGAGGUUGGAUUAUUUUUUCUUUUCUUUAAAAAGUUGUUUAUUUAAGUAGUUUCUUUAAUUCGGGCAACCCACACGACAACCCAAUAAAUUAAACAACGAAAAAUGCAACCUCU